UCUAAAAUUUCAGGUUAGCGGCGACCCCUUCUCCAAGCUUUCUCUAAACAAAAGCUUCCGUACCUUAAUUUUACACACGUCGUUGACUCCGUUGCGGGUUCAGUCUAGGUCUCCCCUUCUCUCGCUCUCCACCUCAUCUUCUCCAUCAACUCCGUCAUGGAAGCAGCUGCUCCAUCCCCUGAUAGUAGAGCUGCAGAUUUAAUACAGAACUUGUCCAUGGAUUCUGAGUCCAAGACUAUCGACGUGCCCGAGUCUGGAAAUAAGAGUGGAUCUGCCUUUUCCCCCGGUACAGCUAAGGGGACAAGCAAACCGUUUUAUCCAAAUGCGCGCUCCGUUUCUAAUGGAUACCCUGCUGCUUAUUAUUAUGGAGGUUAUGAUCAGGGUUAUUCCAGAUAUGUGAACCUUGACGGAGGGAUGACUCCCGGUGUUUAUGGAGAUACCUGCUCUUAUAUGUAUCAUCACGGUUAUGGCUUCACACCGUAUGGAGUGUAUCCGCCUGGUUCUUCUGCUCCAGCCAUGCAACAUGAUUCUGCUCCAAUUAUGCAACAUGAUGGACAGCUCUAUGGGCUACAACAGUACCAGUAUCCGUGUCCCUAUUACCAAGCUCAAGCUUUUGAGGAUGGCUCUUAUGUCCCAAACAAACAUAGUGUCACGCAGAGGGAAAUAUCACCUUCAGUUAAUGUUAAUCACGCCCCUUCAUCAGUUGUCAUGAAUAAAGGAAAUACAGCCAGCGUUGUCAAUGGUGAUAGCCCAAAUAACAAUGCGUUUAAGGCACCUUUAACAAGUCCCUUCUGCUCAUCUAUGAACUCGAAUGACUUUUAUCCAGCGGCUAGCUCGCCGGCUCAUGUUCCUUUGUCAGGAUACCGGGGUACUAGAAUUAGUACUGAUGGAGCCCACUCAGCAAUCCGUUCAAAUGCUUUAUUGUUCUCUGAUAGGCAGUCCAAACAUGGAGCAAGAUUUGGAUUAUCUUCACCAAUGAAUCCUGGCAAAGAUUUUUCUUCUCAGAGGAAUCAGAAUCUUGCUCUUUCUCUUCCCCGUUACACGGGUGCUAGACCAUCGGCUGGAUUGGAACUGGUUUCUGGUUCCACGACCAGGAUGUAUCCGAGCAACGAAGUGUAUGGCCAAUACGGAAACACAUGGUCUAGUUUUCCAUAUGGAUCUGCUGCUUAUGGAUCUAGAGCAGGGAAUGCUCCUGGCGGGCUUAAAGCCUUAAGCAAUAAUCGUGGUAGUGGCAAUUGGAAGAAGAAUAUGGACGGUUUUAAUGAGAUGAGUAAAGGACCUAGAGCUACGAAUUCUGAUAAUAAAAGUGACGGUGAUAACAAAGAAAUGCCUCUGGUUCCCGUGAAGGAAGAGUACAAUGGGGAAGAUUUAUCUGAGAAUUAUUCUGAUGCAAAAUUUUUUGUCAUCAAAUCUUAUAGUGAAGAUGAUAUUCAUAAAAGCAUAAAAUAUAGUGUCUGGGCUAGCACCCCGAAUGGCAAUAGAAAGCUAAGUGCAGCAUAUGAAGAAGCCAAGGAGAAACCCGGUGGCUGUCCUGUAUUUUUGCUGUUUUCAGUUAAUUCUAGUGGGCAGUUUGUUGGUUUAGCUGAGAUGGUGGGUCCUGUUGAUUUUGGAAGUACUGUAGAAUACUGGCAGCAAGACAGGUGGACUGGUUGCUUUCCUCUGAAGUGGCAUAUCAUUAAGGAUAUACCAAAUACUGUGUUAAGGAAGAUAACACUAGAAAACAAUGAAAACAGACCUGUAACAAACAGUAGGGACACGCAGGAGGUUAUGUUUGCGAAAGGCAUUCAAAUUCUCAACCUUUUCAAGGGGCAUCCACGCAAAACAUGCAUCCUGGAUGAUUUUGACUUUUAUGAGAACCGUGAAAAUGCGAUGCAGGAAAGAAAAUCUAAGGAACAUCAGUUCUCAGGACAUGUCAGGGAGCUUGGUGAUACUAGAACUAAUGAGACAGUUAAGCUGCCCGAGUCUGUGGAUGGAACUUUGGCGAAUCAAUCAGCUCCUGCGGACUUGGCGUCCGUAGGCUUGGAGUCAAACGCGUCACCAUUAGAGGAGCGUGGAUCGGCUGAAGCUCUUGAAGACUCUUCACAGCUGCCGAACUAGUGAUGUUGCCGAAGCCACAAGGGAUUCCAGAUGAGGGUGCCAGUAUAUGCUAAUUCUUUUUUUGCCUUUUAUAUUGUUUCUCCUUUUAGUAGUAGGGGAAUGAAUUCUUAAUUCCUGAUAUAAGAAGUAUUUCCUUGCUGGUUUUCUCUUGGCUCUGAGCAAGUUGGAGGUAUAUUUUAAUUUAACGAAGCUCAAUAUAUAGAAAUUGUUUUCU